GGAUUUCUGAAAACCAUCGCCCCCCUCCCACGAGGCGACGACUCCCACGCUCCCACCCCCACCCCUCCCAAAAAAAGGGUUUGCCCUAACUUCUCACUCCUGCGGCGGUGCGGCCCUGCCAUCGACCCCUGCGGCGGUCUCCCUCUUCCCUUCCGGCCGCUCGCCGAACGCCAUCGGAAGCCCUCCUCUUCAGAAAUCGAAGAUCGAAGAUCGGGUUCUUCACUCUUCAGAAAUCGAAACCCUCCUCGUCGCCUCUUCCUCUUCCGCUUCCGCUUCCGCUUCCGCUUCCGCUUCCGCUAUCCAACGAUAGAUCAGUAACCGGGUGGUUCUUUACAAACCCAGCUGCCAGGGGCCGGUCCAGUCCUGGUGAACAACCAAGCCUCCUCUCGUGCAGGCAGGCAGCUAGAGAGGGAGAGGGAGAGGAGAGGGAGAGGGAAUGGAGGUGCGCACCCGAGCCCCCGGGAAGAUCAUACUGUCUGGGGAGCACGCCGUGGUGCACGGCUCCACCGCCGUCGCUGCCGCCAUCGAUCUCUACACCCGCGUCUCCUUCCGCCUCCUCCCUCCCUCAGAGGGUGAUGCCGGAUCGGUUGAGCUAGAGCUAAAAGAUACGGGCCUAGCAUUCUCAUGGCCGUCCUCGAGAUUGAAGGAGACGUUCUCAUUCGAGGCGAUCGGACCUCCCCUUUCUCCCACUCCCAGGCCAUGCUCUCCGGAACAUUCGAAGCUGAUAGCCUCUCUUGUUGAGGAGCAGAACAUUCCGGAAGCCAAAAUUUGGCUCCGCUCUGGGAUCCACGCAUUCCUCUAUCUUUACACGUCGAUCCAUGGCUUCAAGCCUGGGAAGGUGGUGAUCAGCUCGGAGCUUCCACUGGGUUCCGGUUUGGGAUCCUCGGCUGCAUUCUGCGUCUCGCUGUCGGGAGCCCUGCUUGCGCUUUCUGAUGCCUUUUCAAUCGACAGACAGACAAAGGGCUGGUUAGAAUUGGAGCUGAGUGAACUUGAGCUGGUGAAUAAAUGGGCAUUUGAAGGGGAAAAGAUCAUUCACGGGAAGCCUUCUGGUAUCGACAACACUGUGAGCACAUUCGGGGGGAGCAUGAUAAAGUUUAGAUCAGGUGAGUUAACUCACAUUAGAUCUAGCACACCUCUCAGAAUGCUUAUUACUAAUACAAAGGUUGGGAGGAACACAAAGGCAUUGGUCGCUGGUGUAUCUGAGAGAGUAUUGAAGCAUCCAGAUGCUAUGGCUGCUGUCUUUAGAGCAGUUGAUUCUAUUAGCAAGGAGCUGUCGGUUAUCAUUGAGUCCCCUACUUCAGAUGACGUAUCUAUCAUUGCAAAGGAAGAGAAGUUAGAAGAGCUAAUGGAGAUGAAUCAAGGCUUACUCCAAUGCAUGGGGGUUAGCCAUGCCUCCAUAGAAACUGUGCUUCGAACAACUUUGAAGUAUAAAUUGGCUUCUAAGCUGACCGGAGCCGGUGGUGGAGGCUGCGUUUUGACUUUGCUACCUACACUAUUAUCGACCAAGAUCGUGGACAAGGUUAUUGCGGAACUUGAGUCAUGUGGAUUUCAGUGUUUGAAGGCAGAAGUUGGUGGGAAAGGUCUGGAAGUUUGUUUCAGCUGAUGUUCCUAGACUUGUCAUACAUUUGCAAUGUUAGUAUUUCUCGGCAAUUAUUGUGUUGGCUUUUCAUUUAUGUAUAACAAUGAAGAUCACACUUUUAUCUACAAUCCAUUGCUGUUCUAGUCAUCGUCAUGGCCGCAGUCACUGUUGACAAAUAAGAUAUUAUGUAAUAAAAUUUUCACCUAUCAUUUUCCAUGAAAUUAUGGACCUGUAAUUUGUAGCACCACCUGUCAACUGCUGCUGCAAAUGUAGUGGAAGGCAGUUGUGCUAAUUCCAUUAGGAUUGGUCAUAUACAAAUAAGUUCAAUGGUUAUAUUUGAAGUA